AACAGAAAAAUGACACGUAAUCAAUAUUGCUCUCACGGCAUAUUUCAUUGGCUGACCAUGGUGCCUGCAGAAGUGAGUUACGUCAUCCCCCUUCUUUCACUGGGACUGCUAUAGAAACGAAGCAGUCACUGUUCUGUGCCUUCUACUGCUAGGAGUCGGGGAUUUCUCGCUUUAUCCAUCCCACGCGCGUCGCCGUCACCGAUUGGAGAUCUUGGCGGAGAAUCUAGACCUGUACGGACGGGAAUCGGAGGUGGUAUCGAAGGAAAAUGAAGAUUUUUGUCAAGACUCUGAAGGGCUCACACUUCGAGAUUGAAGUGAAACCCGAAGACACGGUCACCGAUGUGAAGAAAAACAUAGAGACAGUUCAGGGUACAGAAAUUUACCCUGCUGCACAACAAAUGCUUAUACACCAAGGAAAAGUUCUGAAAGAUGCCACAACAAUGGAUGAAAACAAAGUUGCUGAAGGCAGUUUUCUUGUCAUUAUGUUAACUAAGAAUAAGGUUUCAACAAGUGGAGCAUCAACUGCUGCAGCUGCACCCCCACCAGCACCUACAAGUCAAGUCCAGCCUGAAAGCUCUUCACCUCCUACUUUGACUCAGCCAUCAUUAGCAUCUGAGGUUCCUGUUUCAGCUGUGGGACCGCCUCAAUCCAGUCCUGAACCCACUCCCAAUGUGGUUCCUCCUGCUUCUUCAGAAUCAGAUGUUUAUGGCCAAGCAGCAUCCAAUCUUGUUGCAGGAAAUAACCUGGAUGGUACCAUACAACAAAUUCUUGAUAUGGGUGGAGGGAGCUGGGAUAGAGAAACUGUUGUUCGCGCUCUACGUGCUGCUUAUAACAACCCUGAGAGGGCUGUUGAGUAUCUGUAUUCUGGUAUUCCCGAGCAAGCUGAAAUUCCACCCACACCCCAAGCUCCUGCAAGUGGGCAGGUUGCAAAUGCUCCAGUUCAGGAUCCACAACCAGCAGUUCCUUCUACUGGGCCUAAUGCAAACCCUCUGGAUCUUUUUCCUCAGGGCCUCCCAAGUAUGGGUUCAAAUGCUAGUGCAGGUACUUUGGAUUUCCUUCGCAACAGUCAACAGUUCCAAGCCUUUCGAGCUAUGGUGCAAGCCAACCCCCAGAUUUUGCAGCCUAUGCUUCAGGAACUAGGAAAGCAGAAUCCACACUUGAUGCGGCUUAUUCAGGAGCAUCAGGCUGACUUCCUACGGUUGAUAAAUGAACCUGUUGAAGGAGAGGGGAACCUACUAGGGCAGCUGGCCUCGGGAAUGCCACAGUCUGUAACAGUCACACCUGAGGAGCGUGAGGCCAUAGAACGUCUAGAAGCAAUGGGCUUUGAUCGAGCCAUAGUAUUGGAGGUAUUUUUUGCAUGCAACAAGAACGAGGAGCUGGCUGCGAACUAUCUUUUAGAUCACAUCCAUGAGUAUGAAGACUGAUGUUGAGCUGUAACAACACCAACAACUACAACAGGAGCGUGGGCUUUUUCUUCCUAUUCUCUCCUCUCUCUCUCUCUCUCUUCCCCUUUUAACCGGUCUUUCUCUAAGAUUUUGGAUGGAUUCGGUUUUACCAUUCAGAGAGUUUUAUCCCAACUAUUUGUAAGAUCUGAAGAAAAUGGAGUAGAUUGUGUUAAGGUCAGAUGUUCAUAUUCCCCUUCUCAUGGCUGCACUCAAUACCCAUUUUCCUUUUGGAGGAUCCAUUACCAUGAUAUAAAAUUUGUGUAGGAAUAAA